UGUAGGUACGAGUACUGUAUAUCCACAGGGAAGCACAAGCGACAAGACAACAGUAUUCUGGCGUAGUCAGCUUUGAUCAAGAGCCACAAUAACCACAUGGGUUGCUUACCUUGUGCGUUUUGGCGAAAGUAAUAAAUCCUGCUGUGAUCAGUUUAUGCACAGUGAUCAUUUUUGUUUGUUGAUCGCAGCAAUCAUAAAAAAAGCAUCGACGUUAGUCUAGAAGCCUGGAAGAUACUUUAAUUUGCCCGUCGUACCAAUCCAGGCUGGUGCAUCCAUAAUUGGUAAUCGCAAUGAAAACGCUAACGACCGCAGAACUUCAGGAAAUUUUGCCAUGGUUGAAAUCUCAGUUUCCUCGAAGCUUACCGGUGUACCAUAUGGCACAGAACAACCUGCGAAACCAUUAUCCAUACCAUUUCUUCUGGCCAGGAAUGGAGUUCCUUGUUGACCGAUUUCCCCAACCAACUGUCUGUAUAUGCCGGCCACAUUCGUCGACGAUCAAACAGUCUUAUGUGUCAAUGCUCAACGGUCAACAUAUCUUCCUUUACGCAGCCAACCCCACAGCUUUCCAGUGCAUUUGGCUGAAAAACUAUUCUGACUUGGUGCACUUGGAAGAAAGCGUAACCUUUACAGACAUCGAUGCCGAUUUAGCAAAUGUUCUUCUGGAUACAAGUGAACGCUUUACACAUGUACCCGGCACCGAAGGAUUUCCAAACGGAGAACGCUGUUUCCACUUUGACUUGACAACAUGGAAUACCGAGUUAGCAAGAAUUCAACUUCCCAGUCAUGUUCGUCUGGGAGAACUCCACACCGGAUAUGUGGACCAGAUCGUAGCCAACUGCGCCAACGCGUACGGGCAACCACAGAACAGAAGAGCGUUUAUCGAGUAUCUUCUCACACACCAUUUCCCCAGUGCAGCCAUCUUUGACGCCAAGCGCAGUACACCCAACACGCCCAUCGCGUACUGCAUGUACUGGCCUCAAGGGGUCGUCGGACAUGUGUACAUCAAUCACGAUUACCGUCAACAAGGUCUUUUCAAAGUACUACUUGCCCAUUUGUUAGGGCGUCUGUGGUGCACGAGAGUGGUCUCCGUCUGGAUGGAGACGAUGAAUUUAGAUAUUCCUAAUCAAAUUGAAGAUCUCCGUAAUCUGGGAGGCCGAGAGUUCAAGCACCACAACAAGUGCUGGGUGGCUUAUUCACCAAAUACUCCUGCGAAUCCUAAGCUUCAGGAAAAAGGCAGGUCUGACUUUAAGACCGAUGCGGGGCAUGAGAAGUCACGCAAAGCUGGUGGAAGUAGCGAGGGAAGACGUGGUCGCAACUCGGUUAGUGUCGAUGCGAAAAGAGAGAAGCCGGUUCCGAGAGGAAGCGGAAGGAGAGAAUCACUUCAGCGGGAAUACGAACGAGAAGGUGAUCCGUCAGUUGACUGUUAAUGGAUCGAGCGAGGACGACGAUACUCGUCACUCGCAUCUGGCAGAAUGCAGAUGCGAGGAGUAGCUUAUCACCUUUUUAUAGUAAAGAGCAGUCUGUUAACCGUUUUUUAAUUAAAUAUUUUGCAGUUUACACUUGCAUUUAACGUUGUUCUUGGACCGCAUUAUCUGGUGAUAAUAGCAAGAAGCCAUCUUUCUGUAACGUCUGAUGUCGCCCGCUUGUCUUGAGUAGAGCUGCUAACCAUAUUUUCCAUAAAUACCGCGUA